UUGAAUUUCUAGACGACGACGUCCACGCGGGGACACAAUGGCGAAGGAAGAAAUACUCGGAGUAUGCGCAUUCAAUGCUCCUCUGGAUAUGGAAGUGAAGAACUGCUUCUACUUGCCGCAAGCACCUGGACGGGUUGUUUUCAGUAUUGGAUCCCGUGAGGAUGCAGCAAUCGAGUCGAUGUCGAUUACACUAGAUCAAGAGCACGCUGUACCUGCCGCCCAUGCAAAUGUGGCAUCUGUUUCUGCCAUCUCGCACAAUGGGCUUGACCUGGAGCUUCAGGGUCAUAUCGAUGGCAGUCUUCACUUGAUGCACAUCCAGGAUCAACGAGUGCUCUUUCGUUACGAGGUGACCAAGAACACCGACCCGAUCACUCAAGUGUCGUUACACUCGGUGGGUUCGAGUCUGGAAAUUAUAGUGCUGCUGUACAGUGGCAAGCUCAUGGCGGUCGAAGGGCUUUGCUUGGAAGAUGUCCUACAAUUCCCUCCAGUGCCGAUGGCGACAAUUCUUCCCGCAGUGCGAUUCCGAGUUGGUACCGUCGGUCCUUGUCACAAAUAUCCAUCUUUGAUGCAGAUUCGUCGUACAUCCGCGUGUACAGACGUCGUGAUUGGAAACCACGGCGAAUCUUCCAUCAGCCGAUGGACUGCGAGCACAACGACUUCCCCCGACGGAAAGGCGUUCAACACUUUUGCGGAUCAAGCCAAUGUCAGCUGUAAUUCGUUCCCUUCACUUCAGAAGGUCCAUAUCGGGAGGUCAGGAGAGGUUAUCGUUGCUGUUUCCGACAAUACCAUUGCAUGGUGUGAUGCCCAAUCCUUGGGGCUGCUUUAUGAGCAUUCGAUCGCUCCUCGCGUUAUUCAGAGCUCUGUGUGUGUUGGCGACGGAUGGACGGUUGUGUAUGCAACGUUGAGUUCAGAGGCUAGGUCAGAAAUUUUCAUGGUGAGCGUCGCGUACAGAAGUCCUCAAGGAUCGACAGUGUCGAUUCAAUCGUGUGGCUCGUUUCCAUACAUUUCCACGUUCUUAUUCUCGAAAGGUGACAGCCUCGUCGUUGGUGGAUUUGCAAGGGAGGGCCUCACAGUGCUUCAAAUUGAACUGGAUGAAACUCCAUCGUCCUAUGCUUCCAACUCCCUUCCGUCGAAGUCACUGAACGACCUCUUUCGGGAUAUGCAGCUUCCAACAUGCACUGUUUCACGAGAGGAAUUUCAAACGGCAUUGUGGACUGCCCUGGAUAUCAAUCACGACCAAGUCGCCAUUUGUUUGAACCAAACAUUUCCUCAAAGCCAAUACGUGGACUGGCUGAUGGAUGAUCUGCGUGAAUGGCGGCCUGACGACCCGACGGUGACUGCGCAACAUGCUCGGUGGAUAACGUUUCAACUCAUGACCAACUCAACCUCAUUUUCAGCAACGCUCUGGCAUGAAUUUCGUUCCGCAAACAUGGUGCAUAUCCUCCAGCUACUGCUCAGUCAAGGUGCUCUCGGUCGUGUUCAAAUUCUGUGGCGCCGCCAUGUGUGCCUCGAGUUAGUCGAAACGUUCGACGUCACAUUAUUGCCAUUGGAUCUACAUGCGGCCACUGUCACGAGUUGGAUUCAGCACGAGGUUCUACCUGCUUUUCAUCAUUACAAAGUUCCCAUCGAAAAACUGGCGCUUGAAAUUGUCGAACGAGCCAAGAUUAUUGCCACAGAAGGUGACAUUGAGGGUGCCUUGUUGUGGACCACCGUAGUUUGCCCCCAAGUCCUGCCGCCAGAGAGGCUGUGGAAGCAAUCAGCACUUGAAAAGGACGCCACCCGUCAUUUGCAUAUUCAGUUGCAACAACUCGUUCAUUUGGGUAAUCAAUUUGACUUCUACGUGUCGUUUGAAGCAUUUCAAGCGGCAACUGUCGCAGGCUUGGCUAUGGCUAUGCUAGAUCGCGUGCAACUGCCUGACAUGCUCCCUGCAGAACUAACCUCGCAUGUCGAGCCGUUCCUCGUCAUCGCUUCCAAUCUGACUCUAGACGACAUUUUGGUGGACUAUGUCUUGGAAAAGGCGGCGGAAAUCCCGUUUGACGUGAAGCGAUGCUGCAUUCUACUGGACAAGAUAGCGUCGCUGGAGAAACGAGCCAAGUCAGCCUUGGUCGUGUUGCAGUCGAUACCACUUCCGUAUUUACCAUCCAUGCUUGAACUUGCUGCAAACGCUGCCAACUGGUCAAGCGUGUUUCAAAUGGAGUUACAAGAGCAGCUUCGCUUGAUGCAACUGGAGGAACUCUUUCGCCAAUAUGGACUGAAAUAUGACAUUCAUGAUGCUCGGUUGCCCGCUCGAUUCUGCCGCUACUUGUGCACUCAAGUAGACAACCCACAGGCGUUUGGGGAUGCACUAAAUUUAGCUCAAGCGUCUCAUCAGCUCCGGAAGGAACGAGUGAUUGUUCAGCACAUGCAAAACGUUUUGCUUGCUUCUUGGAGUGACAAUCGAAGCAUUCAGCUCCUUCAGGCAAUCGAGGCAAUAGAGGCUCCUCGAAAGUGGGCCAUUGCUGCGGAAGUGGUACAGUUUGGCUUGAUGUACUUGGACACUUUACCACACAUGAGCCAUUUGCUGCUCGCUUUCGUGUCCCCACUGAUGGCACAAAAUCCAAUCCAUCGCGGGUUUGAGCGGGUGGUAAACUCGACGUUGCAACAUGCACUGCGCCAAGUGGACCAACUUCGAGCGCUGCAUAAUCUGCCCAUGUCAAUGAACACUUAUCAGUCGCCGUCGCAGCACCCAGAAUUGUUGGAAUCGCUCUUACAGCCGUGGUUGGACGCACUCAUUCAGCCUUCACCGUCCCUCAAGCGAAAGCGCAAUGCUCCAGGUGAAGGAGCUAGAGAAUCUCGGCCAAUGACGACCGAAGGAACCAAUGCGUUGACGAAAACUCAACAGUGUAGUCUGCUGCUGGGGAUGUCAACUUUCGACUUUCGCGCAUUUCUGGGGGUGCAAGCCGCGUCCAGGGGCGACAUCGACCAAGCCUUGCGCUUUGCUCGAAACACAAAUGCAACUGUCAUGAAACAAGUGGCAGUUGCGUUGUUGAGGUACAUGGUCGUGUCCAAGCAAGUCAACCAUCGGCGGCUGCGAAUCGCUCGUGAGCUACUUGUGGCUUGCACCACCCACGAUACCUGCUCAAGUAUGGACCAAGACGUGUCGCUGCUCAAACAAGUGUCUUUACUGUGCAUGAUAAACGAUCAUACGGCCGACCAGUCGGAUGCGCGCGACGAGCUGAUUCACACCUAUGUGCCUUGGCGGAUAUACGAGAAUUGGUACCGUGGAGCAGCCAUAACGCUCAACGCGUCAGUCAUCCCGCUUGCACUAUCGUACACCAUGGCACAACAGCUCUCGUCGGUUCACGAACACGUUCCAAGUGCCUCCAAGCAGCUCGUUUCGUAUUUGGUUGAAGUCCAAGCACCGCAACUUACUCUGUCGGUACUCUUGAACACAACGCAUGUUCCAGAGGAUACAUUCGAGGUGUUGGCCCAACAGCAAGACCUCAUGUUGUCACAGAUCUUGUAUUCCCACCAAAUCGAUCGUGACUUGGCAUUGGGGUACAUGCUCAGUAUGGACCAGCAAACUGCCUUUUCAGCGCUAAACAAACGCCUUGUGCGCGAAAACGUAUACAAUGACUUUGCCCGGUUGCAGCAGUUGGCCCAUCUCGGGUCUCAAGUCGCCCGGACGUGGCAGCAAAUUGGGUUUUUGCACAUUUGCACUGAGCUCGAGGUCAAUUCCAAGUGGUGGCAUCAUUUGAACUUGUUGGGGAUCACUUGCGACCAUAAAGCUUUUCGAAGCGACCGCCGCGACCAAAAAGCAAUCCAAGCUGUUGUUCCGCAACUGCUGGAAGCCACCAGUUUGGAUUUGUACUGCGCGUUGGAGUUUACGCGGCAAUACAAUAUUCCGGACAGCGUCCCGUGCUUGCUCUACGUAAAGGCAUUGCUUUUGUCGUCGAACGAUUAUACGAGUCGAAUUGUCGGUGUGUUGGAAGAUGUACACGAGCAUGAGCUCAUUCCAUUGUUGCUGAGCAUCCUGCCAAAGCUAGACGGGACAGACUAUGAUCGGCUCUUGUUUGUGUUCAACUUGCUCCAGAAAACAACCUACACCGAACAAGACGAAGUUCAAAAUCAUAUCCAAGUGCUGCAUUUCUUGAAACAUUUUACCCCAAAGUUAUCAUUUCACGCCAUAAUGUCCGACCCGUGGAGCGUACUCGAAGCCCAGUUGACAGCCGCCACAGUGGGGCAACUGGUAUCCCUCUGCUCUCCGCUCGACAUCGACGCAGACGAAAUGUACAUGCGACUGAUCAAGAAUAUGAUUGAAGGCGACAUAUCGUCGCUGUCUUUCGAGUUGUUCCGAGGAAUUUUGAACAAUUUCAGCGUGCUCAACCACAAGAUUACGACGGCGGAGUGGCUGAGUAAGAAAAUCUGUCAUGCGUCAUUCGCCAUCCCAGCCAUCGAAUUCGCCCUCGAAAUUAGUUUGUCACAGCCUGAUCAUCCCAAAACAACACGACUCCAGCAAACGUUGCUACAGUUGAAGACGGAAGAAAUCUGGAAUGCCAUGAGCCAGGAAUUUGACGGAGCUCCUCUCCCGGAGACGCCCCUUGACCCGAAAAAGCUCAUAGAGGCCAUCUAUUUCAAGUAUGGACAACAAGCGUGGUCCAUCCAAUCGAGCACGGUACACGACAAUGCGGCCAAAAUUGCGGCGUUGCACAACGCACCCUUGUCAAAAAUACAGCUGGAUAUCCGAUGGAAAUGGCUGACUGCUCGGCAUCAAAAACCUCCACAGAGUGUGUGGAGAUACGACGUGGAUGACGAGGAGCGAACUCGACUCGAUCGGCUCCUGUACAUCAGUUGGACGCACGACGUACAAGUUGUGCUGCAAGAACUAGUGAAGUAUGCUUGCGACCCUAUUCCUCGCGCUGGUUUGACGUACCGCGUCAAGUAUCGGGCGUUGCAAGUCGUGGAAUCUAUUGCGCAGUCGUUGCAAUUCCAAGCGGAUACGUUCCUCCCAGGUUCCAUGUCCGUAUCCCUGACAGAGCUCAAGCAGUCAUGUCGGCUGCUUGUGUUGUUUGAAGAACUACAAUAUCCCCACGCUCUGGCGUCGUUCCUAAAGUGCGACAAAGAGAGCCUUGUGCGCGGGCUGUGGCGCGAACACUACCAAGACCCCGCGGUGUUGGUGCUUAUCAGCGAACUCAUGGUGGCAUACUCGAUUGCAAACGAAUCCCUAUGGCAUCGUGUACUUGACCAAAUGGUGACACUGUCCAUGUUUCCGACGAUAUUUCACCUACUUCGAGUACUUGUGCGGCAAUUCCCCAGCGUGGAUUUGAAGCCGUUUUUUGAACAAGCCAUCAUGUGGCCGCUUCAAACUCUCGACCGCGACGUUCCCCCGGCACAUGUUGACCGCGUUCUCCAGGAUAUAGUGUUCCUUAUCCAGCAGUGCCCCUUCAUCGAUAGUCUCAAGAUUGCGGAAAUUGUACACCUGCUACACACGCUGUCCAUCCAGCUACCAGACAUUCGAAACCUCGCUCAUUAUGCUGUUCAAUGUGCCUUUGGUAUCCCCCAAGUCACGACUCGCACGACCCUGCUGUGUCAACUUUGCGAAUCCAAGGUCUCCUACGUCGAACCGAUUUUUGACUACUUAGCCAACUUGUCGCCAUUGGAAGUCAUCGACGCGGAUUUCUUCGUCAAUUACAUUUUGGAGCAUCCCAAAGCCCAAGAAACGCUGAUCCAGUCACGGCAUGGCCAAGCGUACUGCGAGACGGUCGCACGACUGGCAGAUACGACAGCAAUGGACCACGCCCUUGCAUUCUUACUUCAGCAUCACCGCUUGGAUGAUGCGAACGAAAUGAUUGCCCGGCAUUUGCGUCAAUUCCCGCAGAAAAAGCUCCAAGAAGCGCUAACGCCACUUCAAGACUACCUGCUUCAAACUACGUCUCCCACCCUGGCUCCAUUUCAGAUGCCAUCUGUGAACGAUGCCAACUCGCAAUGAGAGAUCAAAUACACUGACCUCACUGCCUCAACACCGAACGUCAUCUCAGUCUACUCAUCUUUACGUUUGAAGUUUGCCCAGUUGCACAGCGAGAUCCUAUCAAUGAACCUGAGUUCUACGUUAAUCCGAGCUGAAGCACUAUCAUCCA